AUGGCGAAGUCCAGGGGCCGUUUGUACCUCUGGGUGUGCUUGGCUGCAGCACUGGCAUCUUUCUUGGUGGGAUUUCUGAUGGGCUGGUUUAUCAAUAAACCUCUCCAAGAAACAGUCACUUCGGAGGGCUAUCAUCAGAGUAUACGGUGGGAACUGGUAUCUGAAAUGAAAGCUGAAAACAUUAAAUCAUUCCUUCGUUCUUUUACAAAGCUCCCCCACCUAGCAGGAACAGAACAGAAUUUAUUGCUUGCCAAGAAAAUCCGAAACCAAUGGAAGGAAUCUGGACUAGACUCAGUAAAAUUGGUGCCUUAUGAUGUUCUCCUAUCUUACCCUAAUGAGACAAAUGCUAACUACAUAUCAAUUGUGGAUGAACAUGGAACUGAGAUUUUCAACACAUCGUACCUUGAGCUGACACCAAAUGGAUAUGAGAAUGUUACAAAUAUUGUACCACCGUAUAAUGCCUUUUCAGCACAGGGCUCACCAGAGGGAGAUCUUAUAUAUGUCAACUAUGGUCGUACUGAAGAUUUCUUCAAACUAGAAAGAGAUAUGAAUAUCAACUGCACCGGGAAGAUUGUGAUUGCAAGAUAUGGGAAAAUAUUCAGAGGAAAUAAAGUUAAAAAUGCCAUGUUAGCAGGAGCCAUAGGGAUCAUUUUAUAUUCCGAUCCAGCUGACUAUGCUGCCCCUGGGGUACAGUCAUAUCCCAAAGGAUGGAACCUUCCUGGAACUGGAGUGCAGAGAGGAAAUGUGUUGAAUUUGAAUGGUGCUGGUGACCCACUAACUCCAGGUUAUCCAGCUAAAGAGUACACCUUCAGGCUUGAUGUUGAAGAAGGAGUUGGAAUCCCCAAAAUCCCUGUACAUCCCAUUGGAUAUAAUGAUGCAGAAAAAAUACUUCGUCACAUGGGAGGACCUGCUCCACCAGAUCCGAGUUGGAGGGGAAGUCUUAAUGUGAAUUACAAUAUUGGGCCUGGCUUUACAGGGAGUGAUUCUUUCAGGAAGAUUAGAAUGCAUGUUCAUAAUACCAAUAAAAUAACAAGGAUUUAUAAUGUAAUUGGAACUAUCAGAGGAUCUGUGGAACCAGACAGGUAUGUUAUUUUGGGGGGUCAUCGAGAUGCCUGGGUAUUUGGAGGCAUUGACCCAACCAGUGGGGCUGCUGUUUUGCAAGAAAUUGUCCGGAGCUUUGGAAAACUGAUGAGUAAGAAGAGCUGGAGACCUAGAAGAACUAUAAUUUUUGCCAGUUGGGAUGCAGAGGAAUUUGGACUUUUAGGUUCUACAGAAUGGGCAGAGGAAAACGUAAAAACACUCCAGGAGAGAAGUGUUGCUUAUAUCAACUCAGAUUCAUCUAUAGAAGGCAAUUAUACUCUCAGAGUUGAUUGUACACCCCUUCUUUACCAACUGGUUUAUAAACUGGCUAAAGAGAUUUCCAGCCCUGAUGAAGGUUUAGAAAGUCAGUCUCUUUAUGAAAGCUGGUUGAAAAAGGAUCCUUCACCUGAAAAUGAAAAUGUUCCUAGAAUCAACAAGUUGGGAUCUGGGAGUGAUUUUGAAGCUUAUUUUCAGAGACUUGGAAUUGCUUCAGGCAGAAUCCGUUAUACUAAGAAUAGGAAAACAGACAAAUACAGUAGCUAUCCAGUGUACCACACAAUUUAUGAGACGUUUGAAUUAGUAGAGGAUUUUUAUGACCCUACAUUCAAAAAACAGCUUUCUGUGGCACAAUUACGAGGAGCACUGGUGUAUGAGCUUGCAGACUCUAAAAUCAUUCCUUUCAACAUUCAAGACUAUGCAAAAGCUUUGGAAAACUAUGCAAUGAGUAUCUACAAUUUAUCCAUGAAACAUGACCAACAAUCGAGAGACCAGAGGAUAUCAUUUGAUUCUUUAUUUUCUGCGGUCAGAAACUUCUCAGGGGCUGCUUCAGAUUUUCAUAGAAGACUCACACAAGUUGAUCUUAAUAAUCCUGUUGCAGUGAGAAUCAUGAAUGAUCAAUUGAUGCUUCUGGAAAGAGCAUUCAUCGAUCCCCUUGGAUUGCCAGAGAGGCCUUUUUAUAGGCACAUCAUCUUUGCUCCAAGUAGCCACAACAAAUAUGCUGGAGAAUCAUUUCCCGGGAUCUAUGAUGCUAUGUUUGAUAUUGAAAAUAAAGCCGACGCUGGUUCUGCUUGGACAGAAGUAAAGAAACACAUAUCUAUUGCUGCCUUUACAAUUCAAGCUGCGGCUGGGACCCUGACAGAACUGCUAUAG